UAGCGACGACUUCCAAAACCUUGCCGCGAAGUUGUUGUAGCUUCCCGUUCCAAGGCACGUUCAGAGGAACAAGGAGGAAAAAGCGACACCUCGCAUCUUCGACGCGUGCCCGUUUAUACGUCGAAAAAUUGAACGAAGUAGAUGAUUGCUCCGAUGAGCGUCCGUGCCCGAUAGCAGUACUAGGUGGGAGCCUCGGCAUCCUUCGCCGCAAUAAGUGGGAGCCUCGGCGAAAGCGCACCGGUGCAGAAAACGGAUCACCAGGGGAGACACCUGCGAGAUAGAGACAAGCAAAAGCUUGUCCCACGUCGUGCACGAAAGCGGAUAGCACCUCCUUGUCGCUUUCAAAAUCGGUGAAUCGGCGACGUCGUCCAGGAAAACAACACAGACCCAGACGCGACAUAUACUAGAAUCAACUUCGCGGUCACUUGUCAGCUUUUGUUGUGCAGCACAUCGCACCCCGCUGAUUCGUAAAAGAUAAGCUGUAGUUCGGGUCCAACAGAAGUGACGAGCUUGAGAAGGCCGAAGAACCAAAUACAGCAGUUUCAUCUGAGAUAGACAGAAGAUAAGCCAAGCUUCUUUCGCGGUCUCAACGGCACGCCAAUCAGCAGGAUGGCGAUCACGAGCCUUGCGGAACGUAAGUCUUACAGCGCAGUCACCGGGUGCGAUGAGGGUGUCGGGCCCGGUAGCUACAUGGGCCACAAGGUCUACGAGCACAAUCCGUCUUGCGCCCCGUUUACCAGCACCAGUGCCCGCAUACCCGACCGCAGCAUAUCAGCGGGUCCCGACGCCGGUACCUAUACACCGCAACUGCCGCCGAAACAAAAACAAUUUCCUGGCCUCGGAGUCCCCUUUGGCGUCAGCGUACUGCUGUUUUUGUUGUUGUUGGCAUUAUACGCAUAAAAGCGAAAAAUUCCCUGCGACUUCGCUCCGUUUUUGUCAGUACGACGGCGCCAUUUCUCUAUAACGAAGAGAUACAGAAGUAAGAAGAUCAAGAUUUCGUAUACCUAGACCGUUUCAUCAAAACUACUAAUUCUUAGGGCGCACGACUCGGGACGAGACCACGACCGCCGGGACCCGGGCCCGCGGGAUACAACGUGGCGGCACCCGUUGAGCCAGAUGUGGAGUACGGCCAUCGGACAAUGGGCCGGGCUCCGGAGGAUCCGCGAUCCGACUUCAUACGAAAAGCGCGCUACUCGAAGCCCUCUAUACCGAAGCCAUCACAAGCGUAUUUUUUUUUUGGCAGAGUACUUUAUCGUAUGUUGCUUGUCCCCCUAUCCCUAUGCUUGUGAGUCAUCUUCCCUAUGCUUGUGAGUCAUCUUCGCACAAAGAAAGGGUCAAAGAAAGACAAAAUUCGUGUUGUCUCGUCGUAUCUGGCUACAUGUCGUCGAAAAAGCAAAAUCAAAAUGCCGCUCAGGUACGGGUACGGAGAGACAGCAGGAGGCGUACUGGUGAAGCAGGAGCCACCGCAGCAGGUAGUUUCAGGCAUCGGAUCUGACCGAAUAGGCUCAAACCACUACACGCUGUCUGACGGCGUCACGAAAACCGGCCCGAAAAAGUAUUUGGUCUCUGUUGGUUCUGAAAGUUUAUGUUUAUCCCAUCAAUGUCUGUCUUUUCAUUGGAUCUUUGUAGUUCCUGUGUGAGUACUUCUAGUUGCCCAAUAUUUUCAACAGCAUCCGGGGAGGAAAGUUCGGGGGCGGCGUCCGAAAGGCUUUGUCAAAUUUGCAAGACGUACCAGGGCCCGGCCACUAUCAAGCGACAACCAAUUUGAAGCAGCGCCACACGACCCCGGGCGCGGCCUUCAAGUCCGGGACGCAAAGAGGUAUUGUUUAAGCAAAUAAAGUUGUCGAAGUAGUAAUCCCUGGAAUAUGUCCUAACAGUAGCAUUAGCAUUUGUUUCCUGCCUGGUUCGUUCAUCAGCUUCGGAAAAACCAGAAAAAAAAUCCUUUCCAUCCAGGUUUCCGCUCCGGGGACGAGGAAGAGCCCGGUCCUGGGGCGUAUUCGGUCGCCUCUUCGUCCUCCUCCAGUUCCAGCUCCUUCCAACGAGGCGACUACCAGUUUUUUGGCAGCACUUCCCGCCGCUUCAAGCCAGCGGCAAAAGAAACCAAACCGGGCCCAGGCGCGUACUCCAGCUUUCCGGGCUCAAUUUCCGAGGAAGCGACAAGUACUUUACUUGGAAUUACCUGAGGUUCAUGUUCAAUUGCAAUUUGUCAUUGCUCCGCAGCUGGUCGAAAACUUACAGUGCCGUGCUUUGGCUAUAGUACUUGUCAGAGAAAAUAGGACCACGCAAUAGAAUAUAUCAAUUUAUCAACAUGCUCUAUCAACAGGAUCUGCGUCCUGCUUCGCCCGCGACGGCGAGCGGUGGAAGUCGCACACGUCGCGUUUCGAGCGAAAACCGGGCCCCGGCACCUACAACGCAGCCAAUACGGACGGGUUUUUUGGGUGGCAAAAUCCCGAUGCUAUGUCCACCGUGAGUCGCAGCUUUAGUCUCCUCAGCAACCAGGGCAGCUUCGCGUUCGGCGCCACCUCUAGGAGAUUUCGCUAUGGGGAGGGAAAACCAAAACCCAGCGCGGAGCAGAUGGCGCGCGGAGAACUCCCGCCGGAGGAGCCCGCGGGGGACUCGCGGUAUACAUAGUUAUGAGCUUCUGCUUCUGCAUCAAACAAGAAUAAACCAGAAAUUUCGCUAAUGGAACACCAGUUCUACCAGAUAGGGCGGUGGAGAUCACUUCCAUUCUUUGCAGAUGAGAUACAAGACGUCGAGGAGGAGCAGAAGAUGAUCGAUGAUUGUUCAUAGUGUAGCUUCCAGGUAAAAAAGUGGCUCUGACUCGCAAAAAUCGCUACCUACUAACUUCUCCACAGCGACCAAAAGCCGGGUCCUGGUGCGUACGACCUGCCAUCCUCCUUCAAGAGAGGAGGCAGGACGUCCGCCGCCUUCCAGAAGCCACUUCGAAAAAGCGAAAAAUUCGGCGGCUCCAACGAACCACGGCCGAGUCCAGGUACAUUUGUUCUUUAAGGUUUUUCGAGGCAGUGUACGUGUACCGAUUUACAUCGAAAAGGCACCGCAGAAGUGUCUGCUACAACCACGCAGGUUGUGCAGUGAAUUUUGUGCUUGUAGUUUAGUAGUUGUUUUCAACGCUGGAACAUAAAGAUUAAGCUGACGCAUCCGAACACAUGAAAAUGGAUUCUCCCAGGUGCCUACAGCCCGCGGCUCCCCGGUCAGAUAGGGCGGGUCGCUCGGGUACCGCCACGCGGCGAGGGCUUUCUGGGUAGCAUGGAUCGCUUCAAACAGCUGAAGGGCGACCAGAAGCCUGGUCCGGGAUCCUACACACUGGAUAACCGCCCGCCGAACGAGCUGAAGUGCCCCUUCUCCUGCAGCCAAGACCGGUUUUCCAAUCUGGGAAAAAGCCAGGGGCCCGGCCCCGGUGCCUACCGCCGCGACGUGGACUGGGGAGGCAAGUCGUUCAACAUCCUCUUCAGUCGCGAGGUGUAGGAAGAGAAGCGAGCCAAGGAGAUGAAGACGCGGAAGUGUUUUGCAAUACCCUACCUACCAGUCCGAGAAUUCAAGAAACCACAAACAACACGUACCUACAGACAAAAGAAAGGUAGUCAAAGCUUACUCUAGCUCACGACUACUUAUUAAUGACCAUCAAUUUGCUAUGACUAUGAUGAUGAUGUCUCAUUUUCACUUUGUAUCCUUCACUUCGUGCUCUGACCUGAGCAAAAUGAACCGGAUUCGUAAAUCAAUGAGAUAACAAUGUCCCAUCGAUGAACUCAAAAUCCAAUGUUGAAUCGCAGCCUGUAAGUCGCAAAUUUCCUUGGAUGGCCCCAUCGUGAACUAAUUCGUCAAUGUCGAACAACGAAAGCUUCUACAAGAAAAAUGUCAGUGGGUGGACG